UCAUCAAGAACAUUAACAAGGAGGUCCACACGCUAACUAGCGAUGAUGGUUUGCCCUCUGACAUGACCUCUGAGGAUGGCUCCACCCUCAACGCUAUAGGCCACGCCCUCAUCCAAAUGCAGCAUGGUGGGCAGACCACCCCCUUUCAGAGUCUGGCCAAAAAUUAAUGGUGAAUAAAGAAGGCCAAAUUUAUCAGUGUGACGAUUGCUUUUUUGCCAAAUCCAGAAGUUAUAGUCCUCGAUAAGUUAUCCAAGUGCUUGUACAUACUAAUUACAUGUAGAACCAUGAGUAUUAUUGCUAAUGUUUGAGGUUUCUUGGAAGUGGUGUUGAGUUUUUACUAUGUUGUUGUGUGUGUUCAGGUCCUCUGUAUGUGAUGAUCCCACCAUCCAGUAGUGCUGAGAUACUGCAUGCAAUGGGUCGACCUAUAGCACCCAAGAUGAGCGGGAUAUCAACUAUGGAUUAUCACACGGCCGACCCCAUCGUUCAAAUGCAGUUGUCUGGGGAUAUGGCUGCCAACAGGGAAGCUCAGAGGAAGGCUACACACAAUGAAGUUGAGCGUUGGGACAGGAUCAACGAGCUCAUCAAGGUACUGGCUCAGAUAGUGCCUGCUUGUCAGAAGAAAGACGCAACUACUGCUUCCAUUGUUUUGGUUACUCGAAAAACCAAGUGCGUAGAUAUUACGAUUAUUCUAUUAUUCAUAAUUUCCCGAGCCCCACCCCUCACUGGUCUGUCUCGGAAGAGGAGAUAGACUUUGUAUUCUGGGAGAAGGCGUCCACCCUACCCGAGGACAAGACCCCAACCAAGGACCUGAACUUGUUAUGAGACUGUUAAAUAUUAUUUUGUCUGUUUUUGUACUAUUUUCUGGCAAUGUAAUUAUGUAUGUACCACUUCAUGUCAUCAUAAUAACUUUAUAUGCGAUAAAAUUCUGUUGCAAC